GCAAAUUCCCUAACAAAACCCUCUCACAUCCACUUCUCUAAGUCAAAAUUACAAUGGCAUCCGGCACCGACAGAUCUCAAUCCACCACCACCAACGGCGUUGAAGAACUGUCGAUAUCGAAACGGAAGGUAGCUCUGAUCACCGGAAUCACUGGCCAAGACGGCUCUUACCUCACCGAACUCCUUCUCGAUAAAGGAUAUGAAGUCCACGGUCUGAUCCGCCGGUCUUCAAACUUCAACACCCAACGGAUCAACCACAUCUACAUCGACCCUCACAAUGUUCACAAGGCUCGUAUGAAGCUUCACUAUGCCGAUCUCACAGACGCCUCUUCCCUCCGUCGUUGGAUCGACACAAUUUCCCCCGAUGAGAUCUACAACCUCGCUGCACAAUCACACGUCGCUGUUUCCUUUGAGAUCCCUGAUUACACCGCUGAUGUCGUCGCUACUGGAUCGCUACGCCUUCUAGAAGCGCUAAGGUCGCAUAUCACCACUAGCGGCCGGACUCAUGUCAAGUAUUAUCAGGCCGGCUCGUCUGAGAUGUUCGGAUCAACUCCGCCACCGCAGUCGGAAGAUACUCCGUUUCAUCCGAGAUCGCCUUAUGCUGCUUCCAAAUGUGCCGCUCAUUGGUAUACAGUUAAUUACAGGGAAGCAUACGGGAUCUUCGCCUGCAAUGGCAUUCUCUUCAACCACGAAUCACCACGAAGAGGUGAAAACUUUGUCACCAGAAAGAUCACAAGGGCAGUAGGCAGGAUCAAGAUCGGUCUGCAAAGCAAACUAUUCUUGGGGAAUUUACAAGCUUCAAGAGAUUGGGGUUUUGCAGGGGACUACGUGGAAGCAAUGUGGUUGAUGCUACAGCAGGAUAAGCCAGAUGACUAUGUGGUGGCAACUGAGGAAUCACACACAGUGGAGGAGUUUCUUGAAAAGGCAUUUGGGUAUGUGGGUUUGAACUGGAAAGAUCAUGUUGAAAUUGAUAAGAGGUAUUUUAGGCCAACAGAAGUUGAUAAUUUGAAAGGUGAUUCGAGUAAAGCUAGGAAAGCUCUUGGAUGGAAACCCAAAGUUGGGUUUGAACAGUUGGUGAAGAUGAUGGUUGAUGAAGAUGUUGAAUUGGCUAAGAGGGAAAAAGUUCUUGUUGAUGCAGGGUUCAUGGAUGCUCAACAGCAGCCUUGAUCUUGAUCAUGAUUUUCAGAUUUUGAUCAUGAUUUGGUAUGUGAAAUGAAAUCUACUAGCUAUACCCAUCUUUUGUUGUUGGUUUUUUCUUGACUUUUUUUUUUUUGUUAUAGUUAUUCAAUUGUAAUUCUUUCUUUCUCACUUUUAGUGUUGGUUUAAUUUGGGGGUUGUGACUUGUGAGCAUAAUCUCUUAUUUAUAGUUGAAAACCCCUUGGAUUUGAUGAAGCUUUAUAGAGAGGGAAAUCCAUUGAUGUUGGGGUUGUGGGUCAUAUAGUUUUAUGCAAAAGCAUAUAUAUAAUGUACUUUUUUGGUAUUUUUAAUAAAUAGUGUUUUUCUCAACAA